AAGUUAUUUGUGAAAAAGAAAGUACAAAAGCAAUAGAUAUUUAUAGUAUUGGUAUGCUUAUGUGGGAAAUUUCAUCUGGACAACCAUCUUUUAUUAAUUUUAAUCAUGAUUAUGAUUGCGCAAUAUAUAUAGUUUCAGACACUCCAUUAGAAUAUAGGAAUUUAAUGGUACAAUGUUGGGAUGCAGAUCCAUUGAAGAGACCUGAUGCUGAAACACUUUGGAUCGAAUUUUUAGAAAUUUAG